GUGGGGCGGGAGGGGAGCGUGCCCGGGGCGCAAGCGUGGAGGGGGGCCGGGGGCGGGUCGGAGUUUGUGCGCCUGCGCGAGCCGAGCCCUCCCGGCAGCCUCCGGCGCAAGAUGGCGGCGCGGGACGCCCCGCUCUUUCCUGCCUGAGGGGACACGAGGGACGGUGUGCCGCUGUGUUCCAGUUCCGCGUUGAGCCCGCGAGAAGGCAGAAGCGGAGCCCCGGCGGGUGCGAUGGCCGCGGUGGUGGCCAAGCGGGAAGGGCCGCCGUUCAUCAGCGAGGCAGCCGUGCGAGGCAACGCCGCGGUCCUCGAUUACUGCCGGACCUCGGUGUCAGCGCUGUCGGGGGCCACCGCCGGCAUCCUCGGCCUCACCGGCCUCUACGGCUUCAUCUUCUACCUGCUCGCCUCCGUCCUGCUCUCCCUGCUCCUGAUUCUCAAAGCGGGAAGGAGGUGGAACAAAUAUUUUAAGUCACGGAGACCUCUCUUUACAGGAGGCCUCAUCGGAGGCCUCUUCACCUACGUCCUCUUCUGGACGUUCCUCUAUGGCAUGGUGCACGUCUACUGAAAUGAGGGCAGGGGUGACUUAAAAAAAGAGAAAAGGUUGGCAGGACUCUUGCCGGCAGUUAACACCGUGUAGACUACUUAGGUUUUUUGUUUGUUUGUUUGAGUUCGCUGCUUGUUCUGUACUGUUAUAAUUUAUAUCUGAAGACAGAGAGCCUGUAAUAUUCUUCAGAUUAAAUGAAGUGUGACACUUUGUCGAGUUCUUUCCUACCUUGA